AUGUUUGGCCUCAAUAGGUUUCAACUGUUUUGUCUUGCCUAUAUCACGUUUGGUUCUGCUUUCUAUGGCUACGAUUCGGGCAUUACCACCUCUGUCCUGGGAUAUUCCAGCUUCUUGACCUAUUUUAAGCUCAAUGCAAACACUAUCGGGGCCUUCAACUCAGCAUACUAUGCUGCAUGUGCUGUUGGGAACUUCUCCAACUGGUACUUGCCUGACAGAUUCGGCCGGAUACGGACGUUACAAUUUGCCUGUCUGCUGAACGUCCCUGCUAUCAUCUUGCAAACCGCUGCAGUGAAUUAUGGGAUGUUUGUGGCCGGGAGAGUCAUUGGCGGCCUUGCUUGCGGCAUUGUGUUUGCGUUGUGUCCAGUCUAUGCCAGCGAGGUCGCUCCACCACAUAUCCGAGGCAGAAUCGGCAUGAUCUAUGCCAUGAAUGUCUCUCUCGGUUACGCAGUCACGGAAUGGCUUGGAUUAGGGUUCUAUUUCAUCAAAGGAAACGCGUCGUGGAGGGUCCUGUUCGGUCUCCAAGCGGUGCCUACCUUCAUUUUGGGUGCAUUCUCAUUCUGGAUGCCACGCUCACCUCGGUGGCUGGUCAUGAAAGGCCAUUACGACGAGGCUAAAUCUGUCCUUAAGCGCAUCCACGGCGGCUUGCACCAUGACGAUACCUUCUAUGAACGUGAAUUUCACCAAAUCAAAGCCCAAAUCCAACUUGAUCAGGAAGAGAAGCUCGGCAUCAAGGACAUCUUCACCAAGCCUUCCUAUCGCAAGAGAGUUCUUCUUGUCAUGAACUUCUUUCUCUUCCAACAACUCACAGGAAUCAUUCCACUUCAGAACUAUCAAGUCUUCAUCUACCAGAUCUGCGGCUUUGAUGCAGUCAUGUCCCUUGUUCUGGUUGGUAUCUGGGGCACCGUCGUCUGCAUCGCAGUCGCCUGCAUGUCACCUUGGUUCGAUCGCAUUGGCCGCCGGUCGUCAGUCUUUCUAGCCUACAGCUUCAUCAUCCCAGGUGCCUUGCUCAUCGUCAUCAUGUGGGCUCGAUUCGAAGCAGGCGGUAGUAUGGAUCUGGGCGUGGCCAAGGGCAUCAUUUUCGGCAUGUUCUUCCUCGUUUGGGGAUAUGGCGGCAUUCUAAACACCUUUGCUCCAUGCUACUCCUCGGAGAUUAUGCCUACCUGCAUUCGGGCUGCCGGGGUGGCGUGCGGCUACGCAACAUUCAACUGCAUCGUCAUCCUCCUUGUCCAGGUCACGCCCUUGGCCCUCGAGCACAUCUCGUGGAAAUACUUCCUCAUCUUCGUCAUAUGCGACUUCAUCUUCAUCACCGUCUUCUACUUCUUCUACCCGGAGACAAAGAACAAGACACUCGAAGAAAUCGAAGCCAUCUUUGGCGACCGAAUUGCCGAGACCAUUGAGGAGGCUGGCCAGCACUACGAGGAAGAGAAAGAAAAGGUCCCCUUUGCGGAGCAUAAGGAAGUAUGA